AUGGUGGUGGAGGGGGACAGGACUCUGCUCGCCGCAAGACAGGGGGACGUGCAGACUCUGAAAGUGCUUCUAGCGGCAAACGCACUAACCAGCGACAUCAGGGACGUGAUGGGGGCUUCACCGGUUCACCACGCAGCCCGAGCUGGGAAACUAACAUGCCUGCGUUUCCUGGUGGAAGAGGCAGGUCUGCCGGGCAACUGUCUGGCUAACAACGGGGCAAGCCCAGCUCAUGACGCAGCAGCCACUGGCAACCUGGCUUGCCUGCAGUGGCUGCUGACCCAGGGCGGAUGUCGGCCAGAGGUGAGUUACCUGAACUAUUACCAGUGAUGCAGGCAGUGUCCUAAUCCUCGGCUUCCUCUGACCUGGAUGCCAUCUCUCUGCCUACUUCAGAUGGACUAGAAUAGACAAAUUCUAAAUUACAGGGCAAUGUUUGUUGUGAAUUAUAAAUUAAUAACAAGCAACAAGACAAUAUGUUUCAUAUUCAGUUUUUAUAGCUGUCAUUUCUGUUGUAAUUCAAAGUGAACAGAUUAUCAUUAGGCAAAAAAAAACCCUAAUCCUAACCUGAAUAUUAUUAAAUGAUAAAUUUGCUUAUGGUCCCUACAUGCCUUGGACCAGACUCUAUCUUUCCUUUUCUUUGGUUUAGUAGUAACAACAGCUCACGUAGUUCAAAAUGUCAGCUGCCUGCAAUCAGUCACCCUACCAACCAGAUAGGGUCAUCACCUUAGAAGAUGUCAGAAUUAUGGGGUUGAAAGUAUUUUGCUGAAGCACAGUCUACUCCUUAUCCUCAUACUCAGAGCCUGAAUGCUGUUUUUUGUUGUUGCCUUUGUUAACUUGUUAAAAGUCAGCAUAUUAUAACACUGUAUGAAAAAAAGAAAUCCAAGUUAAUUCACCAAAUGUCUACUUGUAGGAAACAUGAAAAAUGGUCAUGUAACUGAGUUUGGGCAAUUAAGUUUUGGUUUGAACUCUCUACCUCCCAUGCUGUUCCCCUGGCAAUGAAAUAUGCAAAUACAGUUGCAAAUUCAUGUUCUAUAUACAUGCUGAAAAAAUCUCAUAAAGGUUACACAAAACAAAGUGACAGAGUGGUUUGAUGCAAGUGUAGACAAAGAGUUUGUUUGAACAUGAAGAAUUGAACCCAUUUGAAGUGCCCCUGCUAUUUACUUAAGAAGGAAUGCAGCCUGGAUUUCAAAGGAGUCCUGGUCAAAGCUUUAUUACAUUUGCAUGCAAUGUUCUCUACAGUACACUUUCAUGUUCAGUGUACUAAACACAGUGGUAGAAUAAAGUACAUUUACCUGAGUACUUCAGUACUAUAAUCCUGUACAUUUUUAAAAUAUGGAGUGUACUCAACCUGAUACCAUUUUUGAUGAAACUUCUAGCUUGUAGUCUGCUACAUUUGAAUAAUAAAUACCACACCUUUAACUCCACUACAUUUAUUUUAAUAUUCUUCUUACCUGCUACUUUUUCUCUAAACUCGGCUGAUGAAUUUCAUUUUCAUUUUUCAGUCAUAUCUGAAUGACAGUAAACCAGAUUUUAGUAGUUCUGCUUUUGUUUUGCCUAAGUGGUGUUGCUAUACCUGUGGGUUGCAUGUCCCCAGGGCUAAAUAUACAGUAAACCCAGUGCAAAAGCUACUCCUAUCAGGCAUUUCUCAGGCAGAGAAAAGACAAUGACCCCUCUCCUGAGCGUUCAUGGUCAUAUCUUAAGCCCAUGUCUGAGACUUUUGGAAUCUACAAUGAUAAGAAAUGUUUGAAAUCACAAAUAAACUUGAUCUCAGCCUGCAAAAAAAAAACACCCCCAAGCUUGAGAAAGUAUGGUUAGGUGUGUAACUAAGUAACUGCUUAAUUAAAAAGGAACAUUUUAAGAAAAGAUGUGCUCAUAUUGAUUUGUUGCCUUUAUGGAUGAUUGUCCCUGUAUUGUUGCUAUUAUUUUGGAUCUGAGAAUGUGGUGUGUGAGAGCAAAUAGCCUAAUAGGAACUAUGUGUUUUAAAUAAGCAUAAUGCAGCUGAAUUAUUAACUGCACCCAUGCAUUGUGAAAAUAUGUUUCCAGAUAUUUUAAAAAGUAGUUUGAGUGCUGUAGUUAUUUCAGAAGCAACUAUACCAGAACUUUUAACUCAAGUGACAAUUUGACUGAACAACUCUCAUUUGCAUUCAAAUAAUAACUGAUCCAGGCAUAAAUUUAGUUUGUCCCAAGUAAUGAAACUGUGUUAAUCCACCACUGAAAUACAACUCUGUGUUCCCCUGAACACUAUACACAUGGUAAGGCGUACAAACAAAAACAAUCAUGAUUGUUUUUUCAUAUCCAAAAUGUAGCAUUUAUGAACAUCGUUCACCUAACCUGAGCUCAGAAACUCCAGCAGACUCAUAGAAACCAUGUAAAUCUAUCAAAAACAGGAGCCAGCCUGCUACCAUCUAUCUUUGCACCUCUUUGGCUAUAGUACGAAUGAUAUGAUGUGAUCUAUGAUAUUCCUUUAACAGUCUCACAGGGGAAAAUUUCGAAACAACAGCAGCAUAAAUACAGAUACAAAAAGAGGAAUUAAAGGAUAAAGAAACGUAGAGUUAGAAAAAGCUAUUUAUAUAUGAAUGAUCAAGCUGCUGCUAAGAUAUGAUGACUUUUGCUGCCCAGAAAUGAUUUAGACCACCACUAAUACAAACAAAAAAGGGAAGCUUAAUCUAAAUUAAUAAGAUACCUGAUCUAACCUUGGUAAUAAUAUGUGAUGCUAAAUAUGCUACAUUGCAAAGACAGUAUUAAGAGCUCCAUCAUCUGUUGUCCUAAUACCAACUGAUAAGAUACUUGGCUGACAUUUGGUGAAACAUAUCAAUUACACUUGCAUGCAAUCUACUUGAUUAAUAGUCCAUUCGCUUCAACCUUUUCUAAUUGUGUCUUUUCCUUUGAGUCACUGCACUCGGAUCUUGAUUUCAUCUGUUAUCAUUGAUGUUAAUGUGAGGUGCUCCACUGAAUCAGACUACAGCUUCAGCUUCUUUGUUGUUCAAUCUUAAAUAUUAAUACUCACAGAGAACUCAUAUUUCAUACUAUGUGUAAGCUCACCUGUUAAAAAAAAUAUUGUAAUUUUUUCAAGUGCACAUUUUUGAACCAGGAAGAAGCCAAUUUCAAUAUGUUUUAUGUGAGUCACCACUAAGAUUAUGACAGUUGUUUGUCUUUGAUAUCUAGGAGCUUUCAGAUUUAUUUUUUCUUUUCCCCCUUUUUCUCCACAGUAGUCUGUCUUUGCUAUUUGAAAUGCAGUGAUUAGAAGCUCAAGGAAUCCCAUGAAGAAUGUUAGCUAUGUAGACAGAAUUCAGGUUAAAGUAUACAGUCAAAGUCUGAAUGUCUACUUUGUUUUGAAGUGCUGAAAAAUCCCAACACAUCUGACCUAAAUAUCUCCAAUCAGAUGUGGGAAAAAUAAUGGAUGCCAGAGUAAAUGCCAUAAAAGUUAACAAAAGUUAGUAACUACCACAUUCUCAAAAACAGCAAGUAGUUCUCAAUUAGCCUUAAAUGAAAAAGACCACCAGCAGAUUUCCAUAACAUUAAAGGGGGGUUAUCAUGCUUUUCCACAAUUACAACAAAAACUGCAAAUUUUGGUGUCCAUACUAGAUAGAUAGAUAGAUAGAUAGAUAGAUAGAUAGAUAGAUAGAUAGAUAGAUAGAUAGAUAGAUAGAUAGAUAGAUAGAUAGAUAGAUUGAUUGAUUGAUUGAUUGAUUGACUGAUUGAUUGUUAGAAAUGUAAAAAUCACAAAACAAAGCUCUAAACCUCCUUUUCUUUUGGUUGACAGCAUAGGGACAGUUCUGGUGCCAACAUUCUCCAUCUUGCAUCCCGCUUCAGUCAUCAUGAGAUCACUGAUUGGCUGCUGAGGAGUGGCGAGGUGGACCCUGGGACCUCCACUGAUACAGGUGCCCUACCUGUUCACUAUGCUGCUGCCAAAGGAGACCUGCCCUCUCUGCGAUUAUUAUUGGGGCACAGCCCAAAGUAAGUGCAGCAUGAUUUCACCUCUACAGCUUUCAUUACAUUUUCUUCGCAUAUGUUCACAUCUAAACAGAUGGUAUAUCCUUAAUAUUUGUCCUAUUCCAUUGACUGUUUUGGAUAAUACUUUAAAUUGCGGUUUAAUCAGCCAUGCAAAGACUGUUAAUAUCCUUUUCUCGAAGAGCAUGCUUUCCAUACAUUGUAUGUCUAAUAAGAUAGGCGUUUGCUGAUACAAAGCUAUACAGUUUGUUGUUAUCACUCUAAGAGACAGCCAUUUCAUGUGUCCAUUUUACUGUAGUUUGUCAUUGUCCCAUUUAAGCAGAAAAGGUUUAUGUUAUUUCCCAAACUAAAAGGUAACUCUGAACUAAUUAUCCAAAAAAAGCAACUCCUCACAUGAAGACUGGUGAAAUAUGUUCAUUUUAAAGGAGACCCUUGAAAAACUUUCAAUGUUGUAGUCUGUACUUACAGUAGUUCUGUCUUGGUGUUUGUUACUGAGACAGGUGGCAGUGGAUCUACUGUUGAGAUUCAGAUUUCAGUCUAAUGCCACUUUAGCAGUCUGACAUUGAUAAAUGAUCCAGCAGAUUCUGAAGGUAAACAAAUGAACUUGUACUUAUUUCUAGGUGAUUAACAAAGGCCUUAAAAAAAAGAAAGUUUUCAUCAGUAGAUCAUACAAUUUAGGCUUAUAAUGAUGCAGAAUUUGCACUAUCAUCUGGUAGUGGUGGGGAACAUUCUGAACUUUGCUUUUUUGAUACCUGUGCAGCAAUCUUAAUACAUUGUGCUCAAAUCUCAUUAAGAAAAGAACCUCUUACUGGUUUAACUUUCCCAAAAUACUGCGCACUUCACCACAAUGCCCAUGCGCUGCUUAUGUAAUGCAUCUACAAGUAUUUCCAUAUUGUUGCCAAAAGCCUGGAGUGUAGCGUGAGAGCAAUUUCAACAAGCAGUUAAAUGUGAUCUAAUGUUAUUUUAAGUCUGUAUUUACUGUAGACAGUAAAAUGAGGUAUCAGGUACAGCUGCAACAUACAAUCAUUCUCAUCACUCAUUAAUAUGAGAAUUUAUUUCACUAUGACCAGAUUAUUUGACAAUAUUAUUUAAUAUUUUGUUCUAUUGAUUUUCUGAACCUCAAAAAUAUACAGUUUAUCAAAAAGCAAUGAAAGCGGAAAAAAUGUCACAUUUUGAGUCUGAAACAUCAAGUGUUUGGCAUAUUUGCUUUAAAAUAACUCUUACUAAACAUUAUCUAUUAUCCGGUUUGAAUUAAUGUGUGCAUGCGUGCGUGCGUGCGUGCGUGCGUGCGUGCGUGCGUGCGUGCGUGCGUGCGUGCGUGCGUGCGUGCGUGUGAAUACUCCUUGAUGAAUUUCAUCUCUAAUCAGUGCAGUGUCAGACUGACCAGUGCCCUGUAGAGGUAAAACCCUUCCAUUAGGACUGUUACAUUGCUAUGGGCAAUGGUGAGGCGUUUGAGUGACUGGCUUAUUUUUCUGGACAUGAAGAGCACAAACCAGCCCCAGAAGAUUCAACAAACUCAUUUCAUACAAUGUGUCAAGUUGAACCUUGCAUGAAUCGGCUGUUAAGAAAGAACACUGAUGCUGCAGGGAGUUAACCAAUCAGAGUAAAGACUUUCACAUGGUCACACAGUAGAGUAAUUCAAAUAGACAAGAGAAAGCCACCCAGACAGUUGGGGCUCAAUGUUGCAUAUCAUUUAAGGACAUUAUUUGAUCAUGGCAUGGUACCUCUCAUUUAGGUAAGAUUGUUGCCGUCUCAGACACCCUCAGCAGAAACCAUCAAUUUUAAGUAAACAUUGUUUUUUGGCUCAUCCUGGUGCUUUUUCACAUCUGGCAUCAGCAAUUACUGAUGACUUCUAAGUUGCUCUUUUGAGUAAAGUUUAUUGAGAUCUGUGUUUUUACUUGUAGUUUAUUUACUGUCCUCCUCUUGUCCCUGUGCUUCCCUAGGCAGGUAUGUGGGCCACUGCCAAGAGGGCUAGAUAGCAUGGUAAAAGCAGGAGAGCCAUUUGAUUUGGAGUCAAAAAUAACCUCAAGGUUUUAAGUAAUAUAUAGGUAAAUUAUUGUUAUCAAUUUUUUUUGUUGUUGUUUGUUAUUGCUUCAAAAUCUCACAGCAUUCCGGCGGUGAUAAUACUUGUGAUGUUUUAAAUAUCACAACAUCAGAUUUUUCUAAAUAUCUUGCAGAUCAGUGACAGUGGGAAAGACCUUUGGCUCCAUGUGACAUAUUCUAGGUAGUACUAGUCUGGCUGUUACUGAUUAUUUAGUUGAUGAGCACUCAGCCUCCAGAACCACCUUAGUGAGUAGCUGUUGUAAUAUAUCCCCGACAGCUUUGUUUUGGCUGCUGUCUCUUUAAGGCUCCCCUCCACAAGCUUUCUUUCUUUUGAUUGGCUUCUCUGGGGCUGGCUGAGGGCAAAGCUCAAUGUGAUUGGCCCGGCUCCCUCUAUUGAACUCAGUCAGUGGAGCAGCAUUAUCCCCAUAGACAUUAAAAAAAAAGAUAUAUAUAUAUAUAUAUAUAUAUAUAUAUAUAUAUAUAUAUAUAUAUACUGUAUUUAUAAUGUCUAUGGUUACUCUGCUGUGGGUGUCACAUCACAUGCUGUUGGAGUCAGAAGCUCAGCUUCACCAGUAAGGACUGCCUUUAACUCUUAAAAAAUUUUUUGAGUCUCAGGUUUCCUCAUAAGGUCAUGUUUUUUUCAGUUUACAUUUAUUUCUGAGAUUAUGACAACAAAUGUUUACCUUGUGAUUUGAAACUUUGCAUACAUGUAGUAUGGACACCAAACUUUGUAACUUUGAAGUUUUGUUGUAAAUGUGGAAAAGCAUGAUGCCCCCCCCAAAAAAAAAAUAAAUAAAUAAAUAAAUGAAUGAUUAUAAAAAGACAACAUUCAAUUUGAAGAAAAACAAAAGUUGUUUUUUCAAGGGGGAAACAGUCAAAAUACCACCCUUAGAAAAAAGUCAGUGCUUGCUUGUGUAAAGUCAAAACAAUAAUGUUACUGAAAGCCACAGUUAACUCCACAUUUGAGUUGUUGAUGAUCACACAUAACUCACUGUCCAGGGUCAGUUCUUCCUCUGCUGAUGUGAUUCACUGCAUGUAGGUACCAUUAUAACAUGGAGGGGGUGCUGCUAUAUCUUAGCUCGCUGCUCAGUUUAAAAGAAUAUGUUAGAUUUAAAGAUGGGAGGAGGACAAAGACAAACAGGGAGAUGAAAAAUGGCAUCUUCUGUUUAAUGUGUUUGUGUAUAAUUGGUGGUAACCCAUAUAGGCAAGCAAGCAUCUUGUGCUGGUUUAAUUCUUGACUACAUUAAACGACUGACUUCACAGAUAAACAGAUGAUAAUUUGCAUUUCUACAUGCUUGUCAUUUGUUAUGAUAAUGUAUAACCCCCUUUUUUUUAAGUACACCAACACAAAAAGCAGAAGGGGAUAUGUGUUUACUGGUGCAGGGAACUCUGGUCUGUGACCAUUGCACAACAUAUCUGUAUGUUAGCAGCUGGUAUCCACUGAUUCAUAAAAAUCCUGAUCCUUGCCACAAAGUCUGAAUUGUGGCAGUAGUAGCUUUUUAGUAAGUUUACACACCUGCACCACCAGGUAACUUAGGAUCUCUCCUGCUCUUCAGUAGGCUCUCCUUUUUGGUUAGAUUCUCAGUGUGGGUGUCUUGAACACAAAGGUGCAGGAAUAAAAUGGGAGAAACUGAGAUAAUCGGCCACUGUUCUCUGUGCUGGUGUCCAUGUCAACUAUCAACAACACGCACUAACUGCUGCCAUAAAGAAGUGGAAAUAUAAUGAAUUUAUGAGCCAGUAAUCAAGCUUAACAGCCUUGUCUGGAGUAUUGUAUGGAGUUUAUUGACUUUAGCGGGACGAGCAGUUUGUCAAGGCACUAAUCUUGUGUUUCCCACCUCCAAUAUUGUCAGGUUGCACCCCAGACAGGUGCAUGAAUGCUGAAAUUUUAAUGAGUCUCAGGGACAUGGUAGCUCCCUGAUAGCCGGGCCCCAUUCACUCUUCCCUACCACUACUGUUGCUGUUUACCACCAUCUCCACGGUGACAAACUGAAGCACCAACCAGCGAUAAGAUAAUGAGGAAAACAAAUCCAUUUGAAUGGACAGGCUGUUUUCUGGUGACGAGCCUCAGGCAUUGUUAGAAUAGGAAUGAUGCAAAUGAGAGACAGCAUUUUUAGGGCUUGAUUCAAACUGUGUUUUUCCAAGCUUUGAGAAGUAGUUGGACUGUUUCUUAUUUGCUCUGCCUGACAAAUAAAAACAACAACAUAUGCUUGUGUUACAUCAUCACCUUAUUAACUUGCAGCUAGGAGACAGUGUAGUAAAAGUGCUGCUGACAAGAGGUAAUGGUACACACUCUAAGAUGUUGAAGAUACACCUGACCUUUCUAUCAUAAUUUGUUUGCCACUUUACUCGAGAGCAGUUUCACAUUCUACCAAUAACUACUAACACCUCAAAAAGCUGCAAGACCAAAAUCUACAUAUGUUCCACGCUAAAUACCAUUCAGAACCAAGCAUAAAGAUGAACUAGACAACUGAAACUAGCAAGUAAUACUGUAAUUAGCUCAUUCUUUGUAAUGCUUGGAAAUCCCUUUUGAAUAUGACCAGUGCCAUCCCCAAAAAUGUUGAUUUUGUUUGAUAUCUAAAAGUAUAGUUUGUGUAUUUGGUUUGAAGCAUGCAAAUGAUUAACAUUUUUAGUGACACCUUAGCUGGUGAAAAGUCCUUUGUUAAGUGAAGACAUGUAUUCAAAUCUAGCCAUAAAAACGUGGCAGUAAUUAGCUGUCUGCUACAUCAUACAACUGACUGUCUGUCUUACAAGUGGCAAAGAGCAGAUGCAGCUGUCAAUAUUUCAGUGUUAGUUAUGUUCAGUACAUACAUCUGUGCUGACAGGAAGUUCCCCUGUCCAUUCUUUGUGAACUCAAAACCAAUAUGCUGUCCCUCCACUGAUAGCUUCUGUACACAAUAGAGUCAAUGAAUGAAAUAGAGAGAAAGAGCGAGGGAGAAAGUGGCAACAGACAGGUUAUGCAGGCACUUAGUAUGGAUUAGAAUUUUUGGCCAACCAUAAUUCAAGCAUGCAUUUCUGAGGGAAAGACUUUUGCAUUGGCAUUUGCUAAAGGGUUAGCCCUGUAAACCUCAGUUUGAAAUACAAGGUGGACUCCCUGGAAAAACAUCAGUCUUCCAAACUUAACCAGCAUACAAGAAGUUACUAAACAGAACUAUGUUUUUCUACAGGUUCAUACAGUCCAGCAGAUAUUACAUUUCGCUUCACUACUUCUUCUUUGAAAGUUGCAUGCAUAGUCAUACUCAGAUGGACAGACAGAGUUAGUGAGUAAAUAUGUGAGUAGGGUUUUUUACCCAGCCAGUGGCCGAGCUGCCCUUAUUUUCCUCAGCAGUAAUCUUCUUAAUAUCUUCUUGGAACAAGUUGGAUCAACACUCCCUUAUGUUCCCUUUUACAACAAGGGGUUUAAACCAUAGACUGUAUGUAGAUUGGACAGCCUCCUUGCUGGGUAAAGCCACUCCGAGAACGGCACCCUCUAUUGGCGGGCUGCAGUAUAGGUCAUAAAUCCCGCCUUCGCCAGCAAAGCUUAUGGAGCUGUGGACAAACUUUAGAAAUAUAUUACACAGAAUAUAAAUGUUUCUCCACCCUGCUUGUGAUGUUGACAUGUAGUUACAGUAAGACUGGUUUGUGCUCGAGUCCUCUUUGGAGGACUUGAGGUUCAUGUUUUCUAUGAUUGACACCUGAUACAGCCUAUGGGCGUACAAAGAUUGCGUAGCUCACCCGGGGACACGCUGUUUGAGCCGAGCGUCAUCACAGUGACUCUCGGUGACUCUCCCGCUGAAUGUGUACAAUGCUACUGCACAGCGCUGGUUUCAGGAAAUGAAGAAAAAUCCCAGAAAUACCGAGAGCUUUUUGGCUUCAAAUCUGUAUGCUGAUGGGAGGCGGAACCAAGUAGAAAAUGCAUUAAGACAUGCCUUUUUAUGACAUGAUAUACUCGUGUGAGACAACACUGAAUGUUCCUGGUAUUUCUGUAUCCUGUCCUUUAACUUAGCUGUCCUUCUGUAGGCUGCUUCUAAAUUCUGCUGUGAGCUGCUCUAGCUUCUUGUAAAUUUUACACAAGUGUGAAUAAAUUCCCAUGCCAAUAUAUGAUUUUUUUUAACUUCACUCACAGAAACUUGGGCAUUCGGUUAAAUAAAAGGUGUAAAUAAUAUGACAGCCAAAACCACAAAUGAGCUACACUAACAAGUCUUUAUCGGGCAUGAAGACUAUCGUUCUGGCAUCAAUUACUUUGCUAAUAAUGAAGAUAACCUUGGUCCUUGUUGCCGUGUGCAGUGGGGGAGGUAGAGGGUAUUACUGAGGUAAAUCACUCACUAUUGCUGAACAGGACACAUACUAAAUGUCUGCUUCCUAGGUGUGUUUUUUCUUCUGCAAGUGUCAAAGAUACAGACAAGACACUGUGGCACUUCGUCGCUCUGAUAUCCCACAUGGAUGAUGACCUUGUUCUUGGCUCUUUGAAAUCUCGUCCUGUUCUCCAUAAACACUCUUUCAGAGGAGUGUCUAAACUUCUUCUCCCCAGUACUUUGUCAAAAUUGUACUUUUUUGCCUUAAGUAGACUCAGAUUUCUCUCACACAGAGGUCUAGGUAAGGAUUAAUGAAAAUAAAAGCCUUUCUUCCCCACAGACCCCAGUGAGCAGGUGAACUUAAGCCCACUUUGGUUACAGGCAUGAAUAAUUAACACAUGUACUUACAUCCUGAUGACAGAACAACAGAUUACUUCAUCUUCCUUAUCUUGAAAUAUUUAAAAUCUGCUUGUUUUCCCAUGAAAAUGAUCACACAGACUAGCAUUUCUUUGGAAAACUUGUUUUUUCCUGAAACACAAGAGUAUAUCUUAAACUUAAGUAUAGAACUGGCUUCACCCAUAACUUUGUUGUGACAGAAUUUGUUUCAAGAGUGCAUAUCCAUUUUCUAAUUCAGGUUGGGGCCAGAGUCUGAUCAUAAAUAAAUACAGUCUUGAAAAUUCAGAUUUCAUGAAGAACGUGUCAUCAUCAACAUCUUAUUUUCAUGCAUACCCUGACUCACCAGAGUCUGGCCUUGAGCUAUAUUGUACUGAGGAAAGUUUGGCUGGGUCAUGUUUGUGUCUACAAUAGCUGCACGUCCACUUAAGCCCUGCCUCUCAUUUUCCCCACCUUCUCUACUCUUCUUCACCCGCUGAGUGUGGCGUUGGCACUUGCGAGCCUUCGUUAAGUACAAAGCGAGUCAGGCAAAGCCAACGGAGUGAUAAUCAGCUUAGGAGACUCAUUGCUCAUUUGUCAGUGUCCAAAUAAAGCACAACCUGAUGGGAUUUAGUAGUUUAGUAGUCGUUCACUCCCUGACCUCCAGCCAUGAUGGAAAAGAUCUGGGACAUGGAGGAAUGCUAGCAAUGGAUGAGCCUCUGUAUGGGAGGUGGGGAUAAGGGCCUUUUGAAAGAAUUGGAAACAGGAUUUAGCUCAGCCUCUCUCCUGUCUGCUCUCAAAAUAGACAUACAGUAUGUUUAUUUAGAAGGUCUUUGGUACCUACAACCAUCAGACUGUAAAUAGUAGAUGACAUAGAUGACAUGACACAAGUGACGAUUGAAUUCCCCUUUUGGGAUCAAGAAAGUUCUUCUUAUCUUAUCUGUUGUCCAAGGUAUGUGCUGCUUGUACAGGAAACUUCUUGCCUUCAGACUCAAAGAUUGUUGUUCCUAUGCUCAGUUGUCUACACAUCAGUGAUUCUGAAAUCCUGGACAUCUUUAAGAUGCAAGAUUGGAUUGCAGUACUACAGCUGUAAAAAUCACAAAACAGAGAAUACAUUUUCAAGGAACACAUUUUUUAGAUGCUUGGGCUAUAUGAUGAGGUGCAUCAUCCUGCUGGAAGCAGACAUUUAGAAGAGUUACUUGUUGUCCUAGACCUCGGCACUCAGAAACUAAAACUCAUCAAGCAGCAUUGUCCAUAUUUUCCACUGUUGUCCACUUCUGUUAGUUGGUGUAAAUUUUAGCCCAUUCCAGAGGUCUGCUGCUGUAGCUCAAGUAUUCAACAUGUUGUAAACUACAUAUUUUGAAUGUAACAGGUGGUUGAUUAUGCCACUCUUGCCUUCCCUCAGCUCCAGAUUUUUUCUUUCAACCAUCAAAAAGCUAUGUGCACGGAGAACAACCACUCACAGGAUAGUUUCUCUGAUCCGGACUACCCUCUAUAAAACCUAGGGACAGUUGUGAGUCUCAGACAAUCCCAUUAGAUCAGAGGUCACCAAAAUACUCCUAGCCCAUCUGGCACCAAUAAUGAUGCCCUUUUAAAUGUCACUGAAGAAUCUUUUCCCACCUUGACCAUUUUUGCAGGACUUGUAGCUGAUCAGAUAUAAGCAGUCUUAAGUAGUCAAAGUGGGAGGUGUCUAUGUUCAUGAUAGAGUUGAAUUAAGGCAAUCAGUCUUGCUGAACAUGAAGAAAUGAAAGACACCCUAUUCUAUUACUAGAGAAAUAUUUCAAAGACAGCAUGUGCCUUUUCAUAGAUAUGUGUUCAACAGUUGAUCCAACAAUAAAUGAACAUGCAGCUUUUGGUGACAAGAAAGUAUAAUCAGACAACCGAGCAUCUGCUCCAAUAUAUAAAACAUAUGUUUUUGUUUUUUUUUUAAUCAUUUUUCAUUGUUUGCAUUCUUGGCAGGUUGGAAAGAGAGGAUUAACUAGAGACUGCCAAAGGCUUAGUGAUCCAGUUACAAAGUGCAAAUACCAAGUUUCCUGUAGUUAACUAGGAGCACUUCUAGAUCACUCUUUGGAGCUUUGGGAGCAGCAGUAAAUUUUGUAUUUCUGCAGAGGCUAGGUUACAAGCAGUUCAAGCUUUGCAUUGAGAGGCUGAAAGGUUUUCAUAUCCAUACUAUUUUAACUGACUGACUAUUCACUUAUUAUGUGAGGAAUCUUUGCUUUCACAUAUACUGCAGGGAAAUACUGCACAUUCAAAACAUCCUUCUGUGUGUGAGGGUGUCUGUGUCCUCAGACAGAGCAGUAAGAACUCAGCCAUCACUGCGUGGUAUGCACUCUUCACCUAAGAAGCACAAGUUUUGUGCUCCCUUUCCAUUUCCCUUCUGUUUGAUUUCUCAACAGUGUUGUAAAUUCACAAACAAAGAACGGUGCCACACCACUCUAUCUGGCCUGCCAGGAAGGUCAUCUGGAGGUUAUACAGUUCCUGGUUAAGGAUCGUGGGGCAGAUCCGAGCAUCAGAGCCAAUGAUGGGAUGACCCCUUUGCAUGCUGCUGCCCAGAUGGGCCACAACACGGUUAUUGUAUGGCUGGUAUGUAACAAAUAGUAUUCAGUGGUUAAAUGACAUACUUUAUUUUCUCAUCCAAAAUGUAGAAUAUUUUCCAUUCAAUGCCAGAAGAGCAUAGUUUCCCCAUGAUUUGAUUGUUUGAUGUAAAUCAGGUCGUCAUAUGUCUCAUUUUCCUUCUCCUUCUCCAACCUUCUCCUCAAUGGCAGCUUGAAUUUUGCUCUUAUGUUUUAUUAGAUGACUGUUACCACUGCUGUUUCCCUCCCUACUGUAGAUGAGUUUCACAAAUAUCAGCCUGACUGACCGGGAUGGUGACGGGGCCACGUCCAUGCACUUCGCAGCCAGUCGUGGUCACGCAAAGGUGCUCAGCUGGCUCAUGCUUCACGGGGGAGAAAUUGUCACUGAUAGCUGGGGAGGGACCCCUCUCCAUGACGCUGCAGAGAAUGGGGAACUGGAAGUAUGUUUUUUGUGUCUUCAUUUAUUGAUUCAUAUUAUGCACAGAUUCAGACUGAAAUUAACAGUGAAAUACAGCUGAACAAAUGUCUUGGCAUUGCGUCGGUAAAAGAAUGAAACAUGUAGCAGUGAACUCAUCAGAGAAAGAGGGGAGAACAGAGAGAGACGAUUCCAAAUAAUCAGUGUCCAUCCAUAAUGGUUCAUUACACACAUUGUUUUGGUCAAAAUAGUUUUUGGAUUAUGUAAAGUUGGUCUGUGUAAUUAAAAAACACCAAGCAAGACUUGGCAAAGCAGGAAGAUAUUCAUUCUUAAUUCUCACAUAUUUGGACGUCUGUUUUAAAUGAAUGGUCUCUAGCACAUAUUUAAUCACCACACUGGCCUGCUACUUUACUAACACUUUGUUGUCUCAUUGACUGUUCAUUCAGCUGUUUUUGGCAAAAGCUGAAUACAUCAAACAAACAAUAAGCUUUUAGCGGAAAUUACCUCUGCAAUCUGAAAAUAUUCACCCAGCCUCUGACUUAAAAAGUGCUCAAUAUCUGUCCUGCAGUGAAUAUUGCUAAGAAGCUAACUACUCAAGAGAGUGGAAAAUGGCAACAUAAAGCUUGUUAAUCAGAGAACAACAAGCUUAGUCCAGCUUUCAUAUGGCAGUUGACAGAGUUUUCAAAUCAGAUGCUUUAAGCUGUUGUUGUUUGUUGUAAUCAAAAAACAAGAAACGUUUGUUGUUUUAGAAGGUAAAGAGAAGAUUUUCCAUCAGUUCAUGGGAAACUCAAGGAAAGCCAUGAAUAUUCUGCUUUUAGAACUUACAUUUUACUUCCCUUUAUCUCUUGAAAUCAACCUGAUCCUUGUUUUCUAACAAAAAGAAUAAGCACACUGAGGAAACCCCUCGUUUCAACCAUGCCCCAGGCCCCAGUUAUAUACCUUACCAUACCAUCUGGCUUUUGUAUCAACCAUGAAGCCUCCCCAUGCAAUUAGCACUUAGCCCCACAUUUGUCCAUUAAUAUCCCCUACAACCCACAAGUGUUGAUAAGACUUGAUAAAACUGAACAGGGAUGUCACCUGGUGUUUUUUCAAGUUAGGCCCACAACACUUGAAUAUUAAUUAUGAAGCUAAUCCUGGUGCAAAUAUUUCUCAUGAAAAAGGAACAACACAGGUGACAGUGAAUACACAGCCUGUGUUUUGGUCCCAAACGGUGGAAUACUUAUCUUGAUUUUAUCUUUAUUCAUACAAAGCCACCACCAGAUUGAUUUGAGUCAUCUGACACCACUUUUACUGCUGUUGCAGACAGGGUUCACACCCUGUAAGAUCUUCUAGUAAUGGUCAUACUAAGAGCCCUCUACAUCCAACUUUCACUAGCCAACCCUAACUCUCUGUCCUUACUGUUGAGCUCCUACUACCAAGUCUUUAUAUAAACCUUUUUUUUCUGAAAUAAGCCACUCUUCCACUACAACCUUCUGGGUCUUUAUCAGUUCUAGCAGUCACUAUUGCACUCACCAUAACUGUCUGUAUUUUCUGUCUUUUAUUUCCCCAGUGCUGUCAGAUUCUUGUGGUCAAUGGGGUCGAUCUUGGGAUCAGGGACCAGGAUGGCUUCACAGCAGCAGACCUGGCUGAAUACAACGGCCACUCUCAGUGUGCCAAGUACCUUCGCACUGUGGAGAAUAUGGUAAGAGCUGUGCUUAUCAUGUCUUUGUUUUAAGCAGACUCAGCCCCUGACUUCUCAAGUGUUAAAACCACAGGUCAUACAUAUUUGAAGAAUCUUUGUGAAAUGAUUUUGUGUGAAAGGUUCCAGACAUGUUUGGAGACAAAUGUCAUGUAAGUCACUGUUUUCAGUAUUAUUUAGCCCCAGCAGCUCUUCAAGAAAGCUUGACAAGUCUGUUUCAUCAUUGUAGAAAUUCCCAACAUCCACUCGAACUGAGCAUUGAAUCAUAUGUUAUUUCAUGACCAAAUUUUCUACGCUGUGAUAAAAUGAGUUAAAAAUUUGGUGUACAAUCUUUCAAACAAUAAAGAGCAGUUCUAAGUUGCACUUUGUGAACACAAGGCUGUGGACACUGUUGUAAUAAAAAAAAAAGUUCCCUGACUGACACCUUUCAUAUAGUGACCUCCAUGGCUUCUUCCCGCUAAAAUUCCCAGUUGGCUAAAGGAAUAAAAACUCCUCCCUGCUGCGCCCUCUUUUGUGUUUGGGAAACACAUUUCCCCCUCUUGCACUCUUCCCAUGAGAGGUUCUCAGCCCAGUCAAAACUGUGCUGUGGGAGAAGCAGAGAGCCCAGGAGGCUUUUUAAUCAGCUGUGAGGAGUUUCAUUAAUGUUGUUCUCUUCUGUUAAGUCAUCAGAGACAGAGAGUUAGUGGCAUUUGAGAACUGACAAUGAACAAGUUAUACAUUCAUAUUGAAUAUAAUUGAUUUAUAGGCCUUGUGUUAUGAGAGUAUAUCCUUUUAUUACUAAAUCAAAUAUAGAUUAAGUGUUUUAUUACUGAGCCAGUACUCAAGAAGUCUUCAAUUAGGUUUUGGUUGUAUAUAUUUAAUGUUUUUUUUCCUUUGAAUACCAUUAAUAACCCAACCAAAGAUACAUAAUAAUACUCUUAUUGAUUAACUGCGUCCUCGAACAGAGUGUGGAGCACCGUGUUUUGUCUCGAGACCCGUCAACAGACCUUGAAUACAAGCAGCCAGACUCAGGCCUCUCCUCCCCAAACACCACCAUGCCCCCUGCAAGCCAGGGGGCACACUUUGACAUCAGCUCACCAUCCAGCUCUCUAUCAAACUAUGACUCAGCCAACUCCAGCCAGUCCAGCACCGGGGAGAAAAGAAGCAGCUUAACAGCAUCACGGGGCCCUCCAGUCAAGCUGAACACAGUUGCACACACAGGUCUGCAUUAGUGAAGUAGAAAAUGUUGUAGUCGGGAAAUAAAAUGUUGUGAAAAUAGUAUUAAAUUCUAGCAACAUGAAAAGAAUAUGGUUUUCUUGGGUGAACUGACUAGGCAUUUAAUAAAAGUGGUUGAGAGUUUUAAAGAAUUUGAAAUGAUUUUCUUUUAUAUUUCUUGGUUAAUGAGCUUAUAUUUUUAUGAGGCAUAGUGCCAGCAAAGUCAGGUGUUAGGUAGAAGGAGCCAUAACUUUCUAUGCAAAAUGAAGUUUAUAGCUUCAGAGUCAAUGUUACAUAGCAGCUUGUUCCUUUUGACUUUUGUGAUCUGUGCAAGGAAUACUGGUACUGCACCCUAGUGGUCUGUGUGUGGACAUUUUGUUUUCCUUGGAGAGGUGAAAUGUAUUGUUCAGAUUAUUGUAUCUAAUUCAUAAUUCAGCAAUCUCAUAAGAACAUAGAAAAAUCAUAUGAAAACCCAUUUUUUUGCAUUGUUUUAACAGUUUGAAUUAGCAGAAGAGACUGGGUGGUUUUUUGUAACAAACUCUACCUGAAAGAUUGCUAAGUGGACUCUAUCUUUGCUGCAGGUGCAUCUGAAUCCGCCAUUUCAGACAUGCAGGCAUAUAUGGACAUGCUAAACCCAGACAUUGGCUCUGACAUGCCCAAGAAGAAUGAGAUACCUGCUAGUGCUGCUCCCAGGCUCCCACCACCACCUACCUAUCCACCCCCACCACCCCCACAGUCUCCCCCUGUGCCCCCUCCUCCCCCAUGUUACCCAGCACCACAGCCCCCCAAGGAACCGUCAUCAGCCGAGUUUUUGAAGGUGAAAAGCAACUUGCGGCAUGUGGAACACAACACUGGCAAAAAAGAGGUGAGUGGGGAUAUGGCAUAGACCUGUUUAUAGUCAAAGACAAGAAUGAAAAGGACUUGUCAUUUCUAGACCAAACAAUAGUCUUCUUUGGUUGGAAAAGUUCAAUGUAGUGAAAACGACCCAGAACUGUUUUCAUGUUAGCCAUGAUAAGAGCUGUUCAAAUUCUUGAUAUGAAAAGGAACUUCAUUACAUCCUUUAUCACCCCCUUUAGCAAAGGAUACACUGGACCACCCUUUACAAAAGAAGACAGGAAUAUUACAACUCACAAUUCCUUGCAGCAGAGAAGUUUAAAGUGACGCAGCUUCCGACUGUUCAUAGAAACUAUCAGCAAGAUAGCUGUAGAUUUGAAUGCCAACUUCACCAGAUGAAACAUUUCCUCUAAUCAAACUGAUGAUUCAUGUCAACUGAUAAAUGAUAACUUCUGAAAACUGAUUGGUUUUUAUUUCAAUCAAACCUCCAAUUAAUCAAUCUGAUCAUUCAAACUGUAUUUAUCUCAUUUUAUUGAAAUAAUACUGAUUAGUGUGGUUACAGUAUAAUUACUGCCAGUAUGAAGUAUGAUUUGUGCUGCUUUGAUGACAUCAAUGAUGCUGAUGGCAAAAACACAAUCAUUGUUUUAUUAUAAUUAAUAUAAAUAAACAUUCAUCCAUAAAAUUGGAGCGUGUUUGUUUGCAGUUCAUAGUGCUUCACACAUGACUUCUAAGAUGAUGGAAAGACAGAACCAGUGCUGACUGUAAAAUAUCCAUACUAUCAAUCAAUUACUGCUUUAUGUGUCCCUCAGUGGGGCACUUUGUUCAUAGGAGCAAAGGUUCAAAUGUAACAAACAAACUAUACCCAAAUACACACGACAUGAUAACAACAACAUAAUGCACAAGCGUAAUACCAGUAGAUAAAACUUAAAAUAAAACAAGAUAGAGUAAAUGGAAGUAGUUUUUUCAACACACAACAGAUAUAAUAAAAGAAAAGAGAAUUUCAGAACAAAACCCAGUAUAUAAAUACAAAGAUCAAAGUUUAAACAUGAUACUUUUUUAAACUCACACUUAGAGAGAGAAAUUUUUGAGGUACUCCCAGAACUUUUGGCAGAUUGUUGCAGCAGCUGAUUGUUUACAAGCUUUCCACAAUUUGCAGCAGGAAACAACAGUAAGGAUGCCUCAGGAGAUCCAUUCUUUGACAUCUUUCUUUGAUAGAUUGUGUUUAUUUUUUAUUUUUUUGCAAAAGACAUAGGUGACAUAACACCCAUGUAGUGUAAGUGCAGUUGGAUUUUUCUGGCAGUUUUCUUUUUCAAACUCCUGCUUCAUUCUCAUUACACUUUUCAUUGACCUCUAAAUAUUUUCCAUUGAAGUGGACACAUUUUGAGGCUUUUUGCGUUUGCCAUAUUUUUAAUACAAACAGAUUGUUAUAAUAAGUAAGUUAUGUGACAGUUUCUUGUACAUGCUACAUUUAUUUUACUAUCAUGGCACAUUUUUAUCAUUUACUAUCAUUACCUGUUUGCUGAACCUGUGACAUGACAAUCCUCAGGAAGCAGAAGUAAAUUGGCCUUUGGCUGUUUUUUUCCCUUGUGUGUAAUCAGUCUUGUGUAACAAUGAGCCUUGUCUCAGUUCCCACAAUGAUGUUAUUGUGUUAGCAUGGCUAACGAUUCUCAUUACUGUGGCAGGCCUUCUGGGUUGGUGAACACAAAAGUUGUUGUGAUGGGUUUGAUCCUAAUUCCAGUAAUUAAUCUGGCUCCAGAUCACUCAAAAGUAUUUUUACAAGGCUGACAAGGAGCAGCAAUUAAAACUGACAUCAACAUAUGUGCUGUUUGAGGUGGUUAAGUACUGCAGUGAAGUACAAAGUAACUGACUGCUAGGUUAAUAUUCUCAUGGCAUUAUACUGAUUUGUUAAGGUAGGAGUCCAUACAUGUGUAUGAUCAGAGGGAUCACUUUCCCCUAAUGCAGAUUGUGGCUUGGUAUGAAGACCUUAAGUCUCUGACCAGUCAUUGGAGUGCUUUACUGUCCACCAGAUACUGACUGAGUAGUGUGUUUUAUAGUUUUUCCAAAUAGUUGGUCAGUUAGUCUCAAGUUUAUGUGUUUCUCUAUGUGUAAACCAAAACAUGUUCGAACCAAAGUGAAGCUCCUUUGACUUAAAAUAGGAAGUCUGAUAUACAGUAUUUCUCAAAUGGGAGUACAUGUAGUUGUCCAAAUACAUUACAUUUCUAAUAUGUUACACAGUUAAACUUCUCGUACUAUAAUACAGCAAUAUUAAAUCUCAGCUUAGGCUUGGUGCUGAAAUUCAUUGUAACUCAUGUUUGUAUUAAAGAACAUGAAAAUGUUAUUAUGAGAUUAUUAUUGCUUGAAAAUAACAUCAUGCAUAGCUAUGGACACUUAGAAGAGCUGUAUGUGAGCUACAGAGCAAGCUAAUGUGAAGGCAAUACAAACUGUGUAAACAGAAAGACCGAGUGUGAAGAUGUGCUAUGCAAAGCAAGGUUUUGUUCGUUGUUAUAUAAUCCACAACAUGUAGCAAUAUGACCUGUCUCUAGGGUUAGCUGUUUGUUGUGUGGGUGGAUGUGUGUGUGUGUGUGUGUGUUUCUGUGUCAAUGCAUACAUCGCCCCUCGACUAGAGGAAGAGUUUUAAUUAGUGCCACCCCACCUUCUCUCUCCACCCAUCUCCUCCAGGCUGUACCCAGGUGACCAGCUCAGGGUGCACCCUUGUUAAUAAUUGAACAAAAGCUGGUGCUUGGAACACAUGAACACACACGCACAAACAGAGACAAUUAAGAUCAGCGUGUACCACAUACAUUGAAAAAAACAAUCUACCAUGGGCACCAUGGUAACAUCCAAGGAAACAGUGGAUCAGGUGAACACGUUUUAUGGCUCCAUGUGUAAAAAGCAAUGAUAAAAUACUCAAAUAUUGACUCACUUAAAGACAGAUUUAUUAAGCUGUUGAAUUCAGCUGUAAGGGAAGGAAGUUCUCAUGUUGGUCUGUUUGUUUAAGACUGCUUGCUUUCUUUGCUGCACUGUCUCUCUCCUCAUUUGUCUGCAUUUGUUUUGGCUGAAGUCAGAUGAUUCAUGUAGAGUAGCCAUACUCAAAAAUGGCACGUUUUUUUAAAAAAUAUUUAGACUCACAGUCGUGUCUCCAGAAAACACGGACUUUGAGCUCUUUUCAGUGAUUAGUAGACCUUCUACUGUGUUUUACUGCUUAUUCAGGGCAUUGCAGGCUGAAAAAAUGCUAAUACCUCUUAAAGCCUUAGAGAUUUGAGUGUGUUCAGCCAUGAUGGGGGCAGCACCUAGGUCUUAGUGUUUUGCAUAAGAGGUACUGGACAGAGUUGGGGAGUGGUUGGUCUGUGGAUUGCUGGUGACAUCAUUGCCACUGCUGUGGCUGGUGUGAUUGGUUAUUGAUGAGGCCUGUGGGUAAAGUGAGAGGGCAGGUAGAGUGACAGGCGUAGCUCUGGGCAGAGAGGAGGUGACGCUCUGGAUUCAGUGACAGCUAGCCAGUGGUCCAGACUGGAGGAGAGAAGCAAGAGAGGACUCGCACAGCUAAGGUUAGUUGGAUUUGGGAGUAAAAAAGCUUUGUUAUUGUUUUUGUUUUUUUUUAACCAUUGGCAUAAUCAAUAUGGUAUCAGAGUUUGGGUUAGUGACACAGCAUAUUAAUGCUCUGAAAAAUUGGCUGUUGUCCUAUGUCUGGAGUUGUUAUGGCAGCUCCAUGAUUACACACUUAAUGUAUUGCAUCUGUUUCUGUGUCAGAAUGAGUACCCUCCAUCUUUCUCUCUUUAAAAUUUUGUUAUUGAGAGUGUAUGUAAUCUUUUUAUCUGAAAAUGACACAGCCAUCACCAGAAAGAUAUUUUAUAAUCUGACAGAUGCUGAACCAAAUCAUAAUCUGUCAAGCCUUGAUAAUGCAGACACAAGAUUGGACUGUUGAAACAACCACUGUUCAUAAAGUGUAUUUAUGCUGGCAGAAAGAUAUGCAGAACUGCGGGGAAAGGCUGUCUGUUGUAUAAGCACUGACAGGGGGUAACGUACAAUGCUGUGUACAUUGACUACCUAACUAAAGAGAGACAAUCAAACCAUCUGUGGUGCUCCCCUACUCACUUUACCCUCCUCCCUGAUGGGUGCUUAGGGACCGUGUCUUUGACAGCAGACAUGAGUCAACUAAACAGGCUUAUACGAACCCAGAACAUGACACUGCAAAGACAGGGAGGUCAGGGGUCAGUUGUCAGUUGUCAUUCAUUUCUACUUCUGUUAACAUUGGACAUCUGCUUUAUGUCUGAGGCUCUUGUCUGGAUUUCAUGACAAGCCUUGACAUCAUUUAGCUUUAAAUGUAAAUGAACUCGUCUUAUGCUGAUUCCUGGAUUUGACAGGCAAAGUACACUCUUUGUUAUGAAUGCUAAGGAGUGCUUCUGAUGAACUAGUUUCAUAGUAAUUCUUAUAAUAAUACACCUUCAAAGGAGCUAUCUUUUCCAACACCAACUCUCAAUUUUCCUGUUUAUAGACAGGGAAAAGUAAAACCUGAUAAUAUUGCAAGUACUUUGAACCUGAAACAUGCAAAUGAGAAGCUUUUUGCAUAAGGAAAAUGUCACAGAUUGAACUCAAGAAGAAGCAUGUCAGUUGUAAUGGCUGCUUGAAGUGUGGGCUAAGCUUAUUCUCUAUAGAAGUCUAGUUUCUUUUUAUGACAAACAGUAUUAAGUAUUCGGGCUAACAAAUAUCCAAAAAGCAGCAUGCAUCUAGACUCUUCAGGCUGUCAAGAGAGGCAUGUCCUGUCUAUACAGUUUCUAUUAUGUAAGACGGAUAUUCAAGUGGAAAGCGAGAGUGCUUCACUGAAGGGGCCAAAUUAGUAACCUUUGACCCUGUUUAGCUGAAAGAGGGGUCUCUCUUACAUUCUUGAAUGAGUUUCAUGAAAACACUCAGGUUGCUUUGCCCGUGUCCUGAAAUGAAAGAUAAAUGCUAAUGUUUUUUUGCAAAUGAAUUAAAGCCUUGUUCUGUCAUUGGAAUAAGGCUGCUUUGGUCACGAGAAAGCUAAUCUGGCAACAAAAGCAACUAAGUCUGUGUUAAAGUCUAUUGUCCAACAAAUGAAACAUUCAUUCCAAAAGCAGUAUUUAGCAAUAUUAAAACUAUUUUCUGCUAUUCAACACUCAAAUUAGCAGAAUCAAUGAUUCUAUUAUUUUUUUUAGCCAAGCACCUGUUGGAAACUAUCAUUUUUAAUAACUUUAUUCUUCUUUAAAGCCUUUGUGUCAUGGAUGACAGUAUGUUGAUAGCACUUUAUUACUACCUGAAGUUGCACAAACAAGUAUGUUUUCUGUGGUAAAUUUGAUACUCUUUUAUUUGCAACUUAUUUCAGAUGAGGCUAAAAAAAGUCAUUCUUUUCAGAACAGAGUAGUGUUGUUAGUCUUCUGGUUUCUGAGUAAAACUUAAAAAUCAUCAGUGUUCAGGGUGAUAUGUCUAGAUCACUUGUUUUGUAAAACCGACUUUCCGAAUCUCAAAUAUUUUCAUGCCACUGUCAGACAGUAAUUGUAUGUCCUCAAGUGUAAGAAGCCGACAGUGUUGUUUGAUUCUUCCAACAACUAAUCUACUAAUCAUUUUAGCUUUUCUUUGAAUCAAAACGGGAGAGAGAGAAAUAGAGAGGAACUACUAUGAGAAUAACACGCAAAGGAAAGUGAAUGAGUGGACAAAGCUAUCAAAUUUAUUUUCUCAUUUUUCAAUCAGCUGACCUCUGGAGAAAGCCACGACAAACUACGACGUGUGGAUUCAAACAGGAAGUCAAGAAGCUUCAGCAAGCAGCCCAGCACUGGGGACUACUACAGGAACCUGGGCAGCGACACAGCAGAGACCCGAGUGUACAAAGGCAUGGCACCCAACGAGGAAGUAAGUUAAAUUACAGCUCUAAGUGUCAACAUUAACAUGUUGAAUGAUUGGAGCGUCACAUUUGAUCCUAUGGAUAAAUAAGGCUUAUAGAUACAUAAAACAGAUACAUUGUGUGUGUCUGUGUGUACAAUGGCUCAUAAUAACAUGCCAUGCUGGUGAGGAAAACCAGGAAAAAAAAAAAAUGUCAAAGUGUGCAUUGGUGUUGAGUUACUCAAAGUAGCCUAGUGCUUUUAAUGCAGUUUUAAAUGUCAGUUAAGCAUCUGAAAUACAUAAAAAAAAUUACAAAACAGUGGUGUAUGAAGUUAAAAAUACACUGUUUUUUUCCAUUGUGUUGGCUUAAAAAAAGAUCCAUUUCAAGGUUAGGUCUAGCUUAGUGAUAGUGUGGUUGUUUCCAUAUUGACUGCACUAUUUGUUCAUUAUGCCACAAAACCUGUUACAUAAUCCUGUGUUCUCUAAAGCUAUUGUGUUUUACCUGAUGGCAACCACCACCUUAUUGAAAGGAUUUAUUGAGUCUCAACCUUCCUGUGCAAACCUUUAAAAUUCAUAACGAAUAAAGCUCAGGACAAUCUAGCAGAGAAAUAAUAUCAACAAUGUCUAUUAGAAGAAUAGUACAUCUGAAUUGUAUUCUUUCAAAUCUGAUAUCCUGGUUUGUUAAUGUAGUCAGCGUCGCUUUUGUUAUUGACCUAGCCUUCAGUAUGCUUUUCUUUAUAUUCGUGAAAAGAUGCGCUUUUCCCCUCAGGAAGAAAAAAAUGAAUGUGGUUCACCCACAAACAUUUCUUUAAGAUUACAUCCAACAAAAGAAUGGGUGAAAAUGUAAAGGGUUGAUUUACCUCAAGGGACAGUGCUUGGAGCACCAUUCUACACUAGCCUCAUGAAAGCUCACACAUUUUAAUGUGAAGCACUUAUUUCUUUUUCUCAGGAUAAAAACUAUAGAAAUGUAAAUCUAGAGGAUAAGUUGGCCUAUGUACUUCAAUCAACUGGCCUUUCUUCUUCUGCUCAGAGUUCAUCAAAGAAAAUCCCGUGUCUUACCUCAGGCCACCAAAAACUGUUGGUUAAACCACAGAUUUGUCCCCCUGCAUACCUACACAGAGGGUUGAAUGAGAACAGUGUGUCAGGCUUUUAUAAGCAUCCCCAGAGAGGUAAUCUCAUGGGUAUCAGGAGUGGGACUGUCCUGUGUGAGCCAAUUAAAACCUCAUUGGGGCCCCUCCUGGUCUCAGAGGGACCCUAGCAGAUGGACUGGCUAAUCAACAGAAGAAAUGGCACGUGCAGCAAAAACCAUCUGGACACAGCCCAUCCCCCAUUUCUCUAGGGGCAUUUAAAAGUAAAAGGGACAACAAUGAGGAGCAUGCGCCUGAAGAUUGGCGGGGCUGGGUCAUGUUAGGUGUCAUGGUUCAUUAAUUUGCUUCCAGCACAGAUAUGGCACGCUUUCAGAGCGUGUCAGACACAUGCAUGCUGGGGGUGGGGUGGGGAGGGGAUGAGUCUGGGGGUUACAGCACUAUCAAUUGCAGUGACAGAUGGCUUCUUCCCACAGUUUACUCUGUGAAUUUUACCCUAGAGAUUAGGUCACAUUAGCCAUGUAAGACGUAAUAGUGUAUUAUGUCUGUUGAUUAAAGACGACAGGAAGCAGAGGGAGAUCACAUGGAAAGGGGGCUGCACGCAUCUGUCACCAUCAGUGAUCUGUGAUGUGAUGAAUUUGAUGGCCUUUGACCUCUUGUAGUUUCACUGACAUAUCAGUGCAGGCAAGGGGAAAAUAAUUAGUCAAAUUUUCCUGUUAAAUAAGACAAAACUUUUAUUUAUUAUUUAAAAAACAAAAAACAAAAAUGGAAUUCUGAGGGAAUUUAAGAACCCCCCCCCCAAAAAAAAAUAAAUAAAUAAAUAAAUAAAUAAAAUAAUAAUAAUAAUAAUAAUAAUAAUAAUAAUAAUAAUUUUAAAAAAAAACAGUCCGUGUUAAUGUUUAUAAAGACAUCUUGAAGGCCACCUGCUGCAUCACUUUUAUCAGUGGCAAAUACCGUCCAACAGAGUGAUGUGAUGUGACUCUCACUGUUGUAUUAUUAUAAACAUUGCAAUAUUGAGUGGGUGUUAAAUAUAACCGGCUAAUUCAGUUCUGUCCUUUCUAGGGCUCAGUGUUGUUGGAAGAACCCUCCGACAGCCCUGCCCAAAACUCUGAGAAUGGCACCACCGAUGAAUCUGUUGGGCCCCCACCUCCUCCACCUCCUCCCCCUCUACCUCCACACAAUACAACAACAAUGCCCCCUCCACCCCCUCCAUUGCCCCCAGAGAUGCCACCCACCCAGAAUCACUCUUCAAGGUGCAACUCCAUCAACCAGCGACGUCCGUCUUCCUCAUCAGGAAGUAAGAAUGCCUUCACUUAAUCUGUCCUCUACUUUGUCUUUUAUUUCACUUUAUUUCUCCUUGUUUCCUCCUUUUUUUUUCCUGGAAGGGAGUUAGUUUUCAAAACUGUGUGCCCAGUCUUUCAGUGAAACUUGUGCUCAAGCACAUUAUUACAGUUAUUCCACAGAGGCAGAGCUCCUGAUAGGAAUGGACACACUUUAUCUUACUGGGUCAAGAGGAGUUGAGUCUGACUCUUGCAUCCUAAAUAAGAGAUUAUAAAUUCAUGAUGUAGGGCUACCAUUACUCUGAGAACUGGUUUAGUGUUCAGCCAUUUCCUUAAGUACUCCAGGUUGCCCUGGAUGCAGCUAUCUUCCAUUGUAUACACUGUUCUUGUCCCAGGGAAAUUUGAAAUAAAGUUUCUCUAUCAUACAUCAAUGAAGUCCUAGAAUUUCUCCAAAAGACAAUGACAAUUGAGAAAUUUCAAACUUGAAUUGAUAUUUGAUUCUUCACCAUUAAUUCUAUUUUUACACAUGACUCCUGUUUAAAUGCACCUUUAAAGGACUAGUUAAUUUUCUGAUUGUCAAACUGACCCCAUUUUGCUAAUCAUGCCCAAUCAUUCUUUUCAUCACCUAAUCACUUAAUCAAUACGUCUUUUUUCUCUCUGCACACUUCUCUGUCUUCCUGUCUCUUCGCUCCUGUUUGUUUUGUUUUCUUCUUUUGCCUGACAUGGUCUUUCCUCACCGCUGCUGCUACAAGGUGGGGAAAUGUCUGCCUCACAGGCAGAGGGAGGGGCACCGAGACAAAUGAAAAGUAAGUACAGUUUAAGGCAUUUAAUAAGUUCCAGUUUUAGACAGGAGAAAAGUGUAAUCCGUUAAAAGAAAGAAAGAGUUUGUAUUCAUAUAGGGGGACCAAUCACACAUUUCAAUUGAGCAAUGAUUCAUCUUUUAAUUCCCUAUAAAAAUAAUCACAUUACAUGACAAUUCUUUUACUCUGUUUUAGAUUGAAGUGAGAUUAAGAUCAUAGUCCACUUCAUUUGAUAAAAGAUAAAUGCUGAUGAUACCUGACAAAGUUCCUCAUAACACAACAAUAAUUGUACUGCAGUUUUUGUGCCACACUGCUAAUAAAUAGUUAGGUGGCCUUAAAAAUUAGAAUCAAUAAGACAACUGAGAACUCAAGGUGCAUUUACAGCCCAACAAAAAGCAGGUUGCUGCAUUAAAAAUGCUGCUAUGUUGGACUAAAUGAAAUUACAAAAAGUGUGGAAACGGUUAACCCCAGGCCGACUUAAUCUUUUGUCCUCAAAUAAAAUCAGACUGUGGUGUACUGGGUUUGUUCCUGACCUCUGCACUUCAGAUUUGUCAAGCCAUAAUGGAUGUAGGUAGGCUGAAUCUGUCUAUCUAUAUCUCCUAUCACUGCAUCACUUUUCAUGACUAAUCAGCUUUCACUUUAAAUGAGAUUCAGUCAGAGUUUUGGUAGCAUUCGUUGGCUUUUGCAAUAGAAGUUACGUAGGAAGAAUGUAAUCUUCUGAGUGUAUUAAGAUCUGUCACAUGUUGUCCCAAUGUGUGUCAAGGUUCAUGAGCUCUUUCCUCUUAUCCACAAAGUUUUCACUGGAAACAUUUUGAGUUUGCACAGGUUUUCAUUUAUUGAGGCAUGGGGGUCACUGGUCCUUCUGAUGUAGAAAAUUUGGGGUGAGACAGUGUUCAUGUCAUUGAUUUCCUAAGGACGAAACUGUGUCUAGCUUGUUGCAUUGAUGACUGGUCUGGUAGGAAGGACAAACAAGCUUCUGGUUGGUGGUUGAUUCUUUGUGUGUGCAGUGUGUGAGUAUGUGUAUGUUUGUGUAUGUGCACCAGUGUGUGCAAGGGAGGCUAACUUCGUCCAUCCACGUGUGUGCGUGUGUGUGUGCGUGCGUGUGUGUGUGUGUGUGUGUGUGUUUGCGCGCGGGCAUGUGUUAGUUAAUUCCUUGCCGGCUUGCCAGUAGCUCGCUGUCACUUCAAGUUACUGGUGAUUCCUUUAGAUUUCCCCCGACUGUGAUGAUGGGUCUUUAAUAGAAAGCUGGGCUGGUCUCCCUGAGAGAGAGAGAGACAGACAGAGGGAGAGUGAGGGAGAGCGAGGAGGGGUGGGAGGUAAGGGGUUUGUGUCGAGCUAGGCUGUUUUGUGGUCGCCACCACGGCAAACAAUUUACAGGAAGAUUUUUCCUUUUUCUGAGGGGAAAAUGGAUGACUGUUGAGACUCGGAGGAUUUACUAAAUUUACUGGAGGCUUACGUUCACUUAAAGCAGGUGAGCUAGCUGUUGUUGGGGGGGGGUCAGAAGCCUUAAAACUGAAAUUUUAAAUGUUGUAAAUUGCAAAAAGAAAUAACUGUGAGGUUACUAAAAAGAAGUUAGUAAAUUGUGACGUUUGAUCUGAACAUUUUCAGCUCCCUCUUAAGUUUGUUGCUUAAAUACAACUGAAUAGACUCUGUUAGAGUUGACAGUAGAGUUUACUGUGAGAAUAUAUUUCUGUCCUAGAUUAUUGACAGAUUAAUCUUUGACUUCCUGGUGUGUUUAAUAACACAAUUCUUUAAAUGCAAGUUCGGUGUAUAUAUAAUGCCUUUUGUGUGGCUGUUUCUAUCAGGAAUAAGCAGGUAUGAAUUCUCCAUUUCUCUCAGCUACAUUGUUCUUUACCUGUGAACACCAUUUUUCUUUGUGGGUGAAUUGACAAUGGAGGUUGUAGAGGAGGUCUUUAGAUGUUGCAUUGUUCACUAUAAGCAGAUUAAGAUCAAUGAAAGCUGAAUGCAUAUUUGCCAUAGACCUACUUUAAAAAUUCUGCAAUAGCUUAGUCGUGUCCACAUCAGGUGGAACUCUGAAAUAAGUUGUGUGCCUCCUCUCUUUGGGUUCGUUGUAGUGUAAUAAUUUUGAAAGGCUAGAAAUGCUUUUCUCCAUCUAUUCCGUUACCUUAUCAACAGUUGUCUGAUGUGCUGAUUUCUUCAAUGUUUGUCUUUGGAAACCUACUAACCUGAAAUCCCAAAUUUUAGAAACAAGCCUUAGCUUCAAACUUUAAUUUUACUGUUCACUGAGGGAAUUUGCUUCGGAGGCAGGUGAAAACAUAAAAUAGAGAAAACAUGUACACACAAGCCUUAAGAAAACUCUGAACCAAAGUGUUAUGGGUGGUGCUUAGAGACAGUGGCUCAGUGCUUUACACAAUCAGCUCCCAUCACUGUUUACCACCCUCCAGGUCAGCAUUGUUACUUGCCUGAUCAGAUGAAAUAUUUAACAGUGAAAUGCCAUCCAGCCCUUCUCUUGCUCCCUCUUCUUCAGUGUCUCUCUCACUCUCUCCAUUUCUCUCUCCCUCUAUUCUGUCUCUCUUUCUACCUGGUUUCACUUUUCUACUCCUUUGUCUACAGGCACAAAAUCUUUCAACAUGAUGUCCCCCACCGGAGACAACUCAGAGCUUUUGGCAGAGAUCAAAGCAGGGAAGAGCCUCAAGCCCACACCUCACAGUAAAGGCUACACCACUGUGUUUUCAAGCACUGGACCCACAGGCAACAAUGUAUGUUCACAGUCUUCCUUCUCUACUGAUACAAUCACAUUAUGCAUUUGCAAAUACAGAAUUUCUCACUGAAACAAUUAAGCCACAGUUUUUGCAAUUUCUUGUGGAUUUUAUAACCCUCUAAAAUAAAAAGCCUCUAUAAUAAUGGAAAGGCAGAAAUUAAGCAAAAUGAAAGAAGCAACAUGCUUCUUUUGCAUAUCCCUACCCCAUUGUUUACCCCUGCACUAGUGCCUAUCUAAUCCUGUCAAUCACAAUUUGACUUUAUGCAAACACGAAAAAGUAGUUCACUUGGAUCAUACCCCAGAAUAAGUUCACUGCAAGGCUUCAGCAGGUGUGAGACUGCACAUUUAUGGCAACAGAAGGAAAACCUUUCUUACCUUUAAGGACACAUUGCAUUGCUCCUUCUACACUGUUGCAGCCCAGGGGUGUUAUUGUUUAAAUCCAGAGAUGCGACAAAUCUAACUUCCACAACAGUUUCCUAAUACUGCCCUCUAAUUGUAUUUAUCUAAGGAAAAUGUUUAUUGGUUGAAAAGUACCCAAUUUUCUUUUGUGUGUUUACUUUAUUUCUCUAGGGAAACACUAUAUCUCCACCAGAGACUCGUGCAUGUAGUCCACCACCCAAGCCAACAUCCCCCCCACCAUCCAAUAAGUCUGUCACCCCUACACCAGCCACCCCAAGUCCCAGCCCCAGUCCAACUAACUCUGGAUCUGCCAUGACCAUGUCAACUUCUGCCAGCUAUGAGCAGCUGACCUCCAACUCAGUGAUAAAUGGAAACAGUAGUGGCAGCACAGCAGGGGCAGAUUCUGGGCGCAAGACAAGCAUUGCAGAUGUGGAGACACUUGUUCCCACUCAUGAUGAACAGGGGAAAGCAAUCCCUGAAUGGAAGAGGCAAGUGAUGGUGCGAAAGCUUCAGGUCAAGAUGCAAGAGGAGGAGGAGCACAAACGCAAGGUAGGAAAGCUAUUGCAAGGUUGUGAUUUUGAUCUUUUGCUGUGGCUUUGCUAUCCCAUCUGUGGUCCUUAACAUUUUAAGUGCUUUGUGAGCUUGAUUACACAAGAAGUUCAGUUUCAAUAAUCAGCUACAUAAAUGGGAUAGAUUGGCUUGGAUCUGAGCAUGGAUUUUUGUGAUUUAGACCAUAAGAUUGUGUAGAUGUCUUUGUUGGUAUUUUGCAUGAUGUUGUUCCCUCCUUUCACUUCUCAGUGCUACAGUCCGUUGAAAUACAGUUAGGGUGAAACUUACAACUGUUUUCGUUAACUCAUAGUUCUUUAGAUACACUGGUGUCACAGCAAUGCUCAACUGGCUGUUUGGCUCAUUGUUAAAUGAUUCAUAAUUCAUACUGAAGCAUUUUUCACUCUCCAAUAACUCAUCUAAAGGUUACUGUCUCUUUUACUUUAUGACAUGAAAUCAGGCCAAGGUUGUGCUAAUAUUAAUUAUCUAUAUGCUCACCACUUUUAAAGUAUUUCCUUUUUGCCUAAUUCACCUUUAUGCAUGUUUUCCCCUAUUUAUGCUCUGAACUGUAAAAGAAAAAGAAAAGACUUUUGAGUGCAGUGAAUAAAUACUUGGCUGCAAUUCCCAUCACAACAUUAGCACACUUGACAAAUGAAUUCACAGUGCGGGCUGGUGUUUGGUGAGGAAGUUUUGCAGCUCCAAGUUUGUACAUGCUGAUUCAGUGGUGUGAUGCUAGGCCCAUUCACACUACGGUCAACCAGGUACUAAAACAACAACAACAACAACAACAACAAUAACAAAAACAACAACAAUAAUAAUAAUAUUAUUAAUAAUAAUAAUAAACCAUUUCACUUUUCAAGUUACAACAUCCUAUAAAUCAAAUACUAAAUGUGUGCAGUAAGAACAUAAUGGGAUGCCAUCUCCUCCAAGAUGUCGGUUUUUGUCUUUUCCAUGACCAUGAUAUGGUGUUAUGUUAAGGGGAGAUUCCAUUCCACACCAGGUUCCCAAAUCAUAAUUAAGAAAUAUGGUUUCCCUGUUGGGUGAUGGCCAAAGUGUGUCAGUCUGUUGAACUGAUUGCUAGUACCCAACAACAAUUUUUCACUGUAUUGUAGUCAGGUCAUGCAUCAUGGUUGCGGAUUGACAAUAAAAUGUGUUAAUAUUCAGUAGGAGCAGAAUCCUCAUAGUUGAUUUGUUGUAAUUUAAAUAUGAAAUAUAAAUAAAUAUGAAGAGAGUUAGAGCAAAUCUAGAUUUUAAAAAAUCAGUAUUAUCUACUGCUAUACUUUUCAAUAACCCUUUCAUAUCAUUUUGGUUAAAUUAAAAAUACCUGCCAACUAGUUUAAAAAGGACAAAGCUUUCUCUGUGCUCCCAGGCUCAAAAGUAGAAAGUUCUUUGCUUGUAAUGAGGCAGUGCCAUUGCACCACUAAAUCCAUGUAAAUCCUGUUUGUCAAGAUGGAUUUGUACUGAAGCUUAUGUUCACACCAGGAACCUCGAGCUGAAGGAAUUCCUUCCUCCUUCCCUUCUUUCUUGUCUUUUGGUCUCCUCUGACAUCUGAUAUAGUUUGCAGCAAGUGGGCACUACCAGCCUCAAGAAUGGCACUACUCCCACAUCCACAAUGCCAUUUUGGGCCCAUUUGGAGAACUGAUGACAGAGCAUGACCUUAACCGAAUUGAGAAGCAAAUUGAGAACCUUCAAGUCAUGCAUAAGGUCUCAGAAGUUGAGAAGGAGCUAGAAGAACUGGAACGGGAGCUUCACCAGCUUUUACCAGUUUCUGCUGCUUUGAGUCAGGGGCACUUCUCAGUGAACCCCAAACAAGUUCAUGGCCAAGCUGAAGAUCUUCCAGCGUGGUGCAGCAAGAUUUCCACCUUGCUCAAGAGUAUGGCUAUUCUUCUUGCCACACUAGGGGGCAAAGAGAUAGACAUUUUGGAUUUUAUACAUCCCGGGUUCUAUCAAGAAAAGUCAAGGAAUGUGAGCACAAAUCAGUCUGAACCAGUUGGAUCAAUUGGCAAUGGAUUUAUUGGACGGUCUCAGUCAUUUUCUACUAGAGAGGAUGUGGAGAAGGAGAUAAAACAGUGUGGAGUCUCAGUAAAAAACCUCAAGGCCAAUUAUGAAAUCCAUGGUCAGGCACAGUUUGCAGAUAGCAAAGCAAAUAGGGUGUACAAACGAAAGAGGUCACUGCCUGUAGUUAGUGAGUCUAGUUAUCAUCCAGAGACAGUUUGUAAAGAUGGUGUCCCAUGUACCUCUACUGAGAUCCCUGAGUUUCAUACCAAUGGAGAUUCCUCUAUAGUGGAGGAAUCAGUCUUACCACUUGUGGAAGAGCCAGUUAUUGUUGCAUCUCAUGCUCAACAACUAUAUGCACCCUCUGAGCCAAUGGCUACAACCAAUAUUGAACAGUUCAAUCAGAUUCUCUCUGCAGACCCUGUUUUAAAGGAUGAUCAACUGACAAGAAGCUUGGAGGUGCAGACAGAUCUCAGUUAUGUCCAGGAAUGUAUUGAAAUGAGAAAAGAGAGAAUUGUCUUCCUGUUUCUUGAACACUGGCGGAAAUACACUAUCUCUGAAUGUUAUCGGACUAAAUACACUGGCACAAAAGGAAAUCCUUUGAAUGUUGGUUUGGAAGACUACAAUCAAUUUAGUGCACAGAUUGGUGAGGAGAUGCAGAGUGAAGAUGACAAACUUCUGCUUUUCAUGAAGUCAAAGCAAGUAGUGGGUAAUCUCAUCGGUCAUUGGAGGACAAUCAUGAGUCAGGUACCCACACGCCAGAUCCGCAGACUGAGUCAUGCCCAGAUGAUCUACUGGCCAGAGCACUUCCUGCCACACAUCAAUGGGUCACCCAUGAGCUAUGAAAGUCUAACCCUUGACCUCUUUAUGCUUGGAUAUUUCCAGUUGCUAGAAAUGACCAUGUCUCGCUCUGAGCGCAAAUUCCGCCACCUCUUGUGCUAUGAGAUGUUUGACCGUCUUGGUAGUUAUAAAUGGGAGGUCAUAAGACAGUUUCACAAAGAGGUCAUGGAGGAAAUAGAGAAAGGAAAGCGAGACUGGGCAGAUGGUUUCAAAGACAUCAAAAUCAAGUACUUUGGAGACCAUGACGGUGGUGGAGGAGUGAUGACAGCUUCUUUGCACAGUAUGUCUCCUGACUUGUCUAUUAUGCCAAUUCAAGAGUUACCCCCUCCCCCACCCUCUCAUCCUCCACCUCCACCUCCAUCCACCCAUCCUGCACCCCCACCUCGAAAUGCACAGUCAACCCCAAAUGCACAAUCACCGCAACUUUCCCUGCCACAGUCAGACGUGUCUCCAUCAUCAUCACUGACUGCAUCACAUGAUAGCAAAUCCAUUGAUUGCCAGUUUGUUGACCAUAAAACCCAAAAGGAGAUAUUGGAGGACAAAAUGCAUAGGGAUGUUAAAACCAGUUUGCAUGUGUCAGCGACAGAGGGAGUGAUUUCUAAUAGAAACAGUUCAGAGCAGGCCCACACGCAGAACCUGACAACUGAAAAUGCAGUUUACACCAGUGCUUCAGUAGAGUCAGAUAAACUUCAGGGAUGCACAAAAAUGUCAGGGCAAGAUUCAGCGAAAGUGGCUCCUCUUGUUACAGAUCAAGUCUUAAAAGAGCCGCAUACUGAAAAGUUUCCAACUAGAGAUGAACAUAAUGAAGAUUCAAUUAAGGUGAUCUAUGAGCUUAAAGAGUUCAGCAAUGAAGAGAUCAUCAGAUACAUUGACAGGAGCUUUGCUUUUUGGAAAGAGAAGGAAGCUGAGCUUUUUGAUGUCUAACUAAAGUAUAUGUUAAGUGUUUUCCAGAGGCCAAGUUCACUAAUGUAACCAGAGAGGUGAUGAAUUAAAAGCAGCAUUAAGGAUUCUAUCCUUCAAAGUGGAGCAUAUAAAAGAAGAAAAUAUCUUGCGUUUGUUCAAUACAAGACUAUGUCAAAAAAGGCUGUAAUACAGUGGAGCAAAGACAUUCACUGAUUGACCUGUUUGUGAAUGCUGAAACAGUUUUUAAAAAAGCCUGUGACUUCAAAGAACAAUGCUGUAAACACUUUAAUGUAUAAUUGUGUUAAAUGAACAGCUUUUUAAAUACAAUAUGACUAAAUGCCAUGGUACAUUAUUUCUAGAAAACAAUUUUUUUAAUGAUUAUUUGCCAUUAAAGUCUGUAGGGUGUUGGUUUUAAUCAUCUUUUAAAUAAGCAAUAUUACUUUGAAGAAGUCUGUUUUUUUUUGUUAAGAGUGAAAGUGAAUUUGUAAGACAUCAUACCAUUUUAAGAGUGGCAAGGAAUUUCCAAAACUAUUAAGGAUGAGCCUUUUAGCAAUCUUUGUUGUGUAAAAUGAAAGACAGAAACUUGGUGGUUGUUUGUUUUUGGUGGAGGUCGAGGUUAUGUUGAAGUUCACAAAUGGCCCUCAACCUUUUAUUCAUGACUCCAUGACUUUGUUAAUACAGUGUGUGACUUUCAGGAUAGAUUCAAAUGAUUAACAGAUGUGGGUAAUGCAAAGCCAUAAGACUGUGCUCAGUAAUUCUAAAUUUUCAGUUUUAAGUCUUGUCAGAAAAUGGACACAUUCACUUGACACAGAAGCGAACUCUAAGAAGGUUUAAUGUCAUUCAUCAUUAUUCUAUCCUCUCCUGGGGGGAUCUGUUAAAAUGUCUUCUUUAAAUUCAUGCUUUAUCACUUGGUUUUUACAUUGUUGUUUGAAAUAAAGUUGGUUGACAUUUAUGUGAAGAAAUGAUCUCAAUUAAUCUCAUUCUUCUGUUACGAUACAAGUUGGGUUACUCAGCUGAAACAUGUAACCCAUAGACAUUUAUCCUUGUACUUCCUGACUAUCCAGCUAAUUAAAUGUAUUUUAAAUAACCUCACUGCAAUAGAGAAAGCGAGUCUGAACACAAAGCUCUUGAGUGAGCAGUCCUCCACUGUAAUGCUUGCAGAAGUAAAGAACCACACUACAGUGUCUGUUUUACAGCAUCAAGAUUACCUCCAAAUAACCCUCUUAGCACCACCUGCUGUCAUGCUACCAGUGGCUUACAGGAGUCAUAAGGAGGUUACAGUGAAUCUUGAUCAACUCACAGACCAAAAGGGAAGGCAUUUAGUCAGUAAACUUAAGGGUGUAUUAAUAGAUUUUGGAUUGAUGUACAGUGUUUUAUUCCCAUUCGUGAAAUACAGGAGGUGGUAUGAGGAGCAGUAAUCUUCACAUACCAACACCAUUGUUAUAGCCUGAAAGACAUGUACAGAGCUUUGCUUAGUGUCGAUUUCAAUCUGCAAGGCUUGCACAGAGCACAUAUGUGUUAACAGUAUCACUUGACCUAUACAAGUUACGAUGAAGUCACAGAAAGAACUAAGAGGCUGACCCUUUUUUCAUGAGCUGAACAUGGUUCUCAGCUUGCCAGUAUUUGGCUUCACUCUCUGGCUCAUGUGCAUGUAGUCUAUUGAUGCAGCCCUGAAUAAAACUUGAUGUUUGAAGCCCCAUUAGGUCUGAUAGCACAACUCCAUGUCAUUUAAAAUGUUCUGUUUCCGUUGUUUUAAGACAUUAACUGUAGCAUCGCUUAUGACAGUAUAAAGAACUGGCAUGACUGUUUCUUCCUAUUUCAUCUUAUGUGAUAUUUUAUUGAAGUCAUUGGCAACAUGAUAGGACAAAACUGUAAUUUGCUACAUUACCAUAUGAAGGUCAUGUGUACAGUCCUUAUGUUGAGUUUGUUCUCCUGAUUUUCAUCCUGUCUCCACUCAGAGCUUUCAUUAGCUCUAUAGGAUUGAUAGAGGAAUUUAAUAAUGGUAUUUGUUAGUGUGAGGAACUUAAUGCAUGAUAUUCAAACUAAGAUAAAUAGUAAAUGUAUAACAUUUACAUGACUGAGAAAAGUAGUCAAAGAGGUCACUGAUCAAGUUAGUAAGUUUGUAGCCAGUUUUAAAGUUGGUAAAGAUAGGUGAAGCUGUGAUAUGUUGAUUAGCAGAUACAAGCCUUAUCCAGUGCUUGCAAUCCACAGCUAAUCAUGUGAACUAGUCAACAUUGCACAAGUUUUCAGUUCUCUUGUCAUAACAAAUCUAAUGUUAAAUAUUUGGAAACAUUUUGCUCUGCUUUCUCAGAAAUCUUACAAAAACACUGUGUAGAUCACCUUACCUGGAUUCAGGUUUUGCCAGAACGAAUGGGAAAGCUUUGUUAAGAGGAACUUAAAAGAGUGAUGUGCAUGCCAGUUUGGCAAGAUUAGAGGUCCAAGUUAGGUGCCAUCUCUGCCCUUGCAACACAUCCAGUUACAGUCCUGAAAGACAGAAAGGAUCCAGUUACCAUUUGUGUGAGUAGUUUAAGAGAACAUUCCACAAAACAGUGUGCUUUCCUGUCAAAAGGCCUUACAUUAGUGGGGUACAUAAGAGAGGAGGAACUAUUGUGAGCUGUGUUUGUUCUGAUAAGUACAUACAUCAGUUUACGUGGUUUGCUAUAUGCAGUGACUGUUUGGGUAUUCUGUACAGACUGUUUGCCAAAGAUGUGCACACAGACAAUGUUUAUCAGUUAAACCAAUGUUUUCAUCCAAUGUUCUCAGAUUCAGGUGCUUUUCUGAACACCUCAGUUCAGCUGUUGACUGACAUUGUGAUUUCCAAAUAUCAUUAAACCAUUAAAAUGUUUUAUAAAGAUUAUCAGCCACCUAAAAAUGUAACUCUUGACUGCAGUUUCAAUAAGCAGGUUUAUUGAAUAAUCUGGAUAACAAUGAUGAGGUAGAUCAUGGAAAUGGUCUGCACCACACAAUAAUGUAAGUAUACGAGUGAGUGCUUUGUGACUAUGUUUUACUAGAGUGCGUCUGUAGUGUUUCUGAUGAGGAACAUGGGACACAGUUUAAUUCACUGAACAUGGAUGAAAUACUCAUCUGUCAUUUUAAAUAUCCUUUUUUUUUUACUAUUUAUCUUCUUUUAUCCCUCCCUCGUUGACAGUGAAUAAUGUUUGAAUAUCUUCCUAAAAAUAUCUAAAUCAGCCAUAAAAGACUGAACCUGUGACAGGGGUUUGAUAAUUUUAUGUACUGCAUCAACAAAGAAUGUACUGUAAUUCUUUAGUGUAGUCAGCCCUUAAUGAGUGUUAUCUUUUUGCCAGGAAUGAAAUCAUGCGUAGCUAGAUAGAAGAGCCCUUUUCGCAAAAAGAUUUAAAAUACUAACUGGUAUGGGCCUCUAUCUGCCUCUCCCCUAAACCCCCCUGUAUCUUCACAGGCUGAGGAGGAGGCUGCACGCCUUGCAUCGAUGCCAGCCUGGCGGAGAGACAUAAUGAAGAAGAAAAUGGUUGAAGAGAGGUGAGUAAGAGCUGCUUUACCCCAUGUCUAACAUACUGUUUAGUAUAAUUUAUCCUACUUAUUAAAGUGAUUGUUUUAUCUUUCCAAAAGUCUUUUAUUAUCUUGUUUAAUCUUUUUUUAUCUGUUGAUGAAACUAAAAUUUUCACAGUUUUAUGUACUUAGUUAGUUUUUUAAUUACAGUUGUUUCCACUCAAUUCUGACCCUUUUUUUUUUUUUAAAUCUCAUGAUAUUAUUGUUAUGUUUGCUUGUGGAAUAACUGUUGUCUCUGUUUAAGAUAUUUACAUCUUUUCUCCGUGCAUUUAUGUUCUCCUGACAUGACAGGGAACAAAAAAGGUAAGAAAGAAAAAAAUGUAUUUGACAAAAUACGCUUGAGUUUCUUUUGAUGUACUAGAUCACUGAAGUGUCUGGAGUUUGUAUAACAUUACAGACUGCCUAUAGGAAUUUAGACUCUUUGAGAAGGUCUCAGGCUUUGCAGCUUAAAAUCAUUAAAAUUUAGUAAAGCCCAUAAAGAUCACAAAGACUUACUAGACCUUAUAUGUGAGGUGAGGCGCAGACUUCUAUAAAACUCAGCCAUAUCGCUUUUUUCCUACUAUCUGAUUACACCUUAAAACUAGAUACAUAUUUAAAGUUAAAGAGGUAGGAUUAUGCUCUUUUUGGUCAAGUCAUAUCAAGUCAAAAUGUAAAAGAGAGAUCCUCUUUAUAUUUGCUCAAAUUGUGAAAUCCCAAUGAAUCGAUCUGUACUCAUACUCACCUGAGGAGUUUUUUGCCCCUUUCCAAACUUUGUGGGUCACAUAGGGUCUAAAGCAUAUGUCCAUAUUUCAUAAUUUGUCAUUUACAACAGAAAAACACCAGUUAACUCAGAUAACAUUGUGGCAUUGCAACAGUGGUUGAGGGUCACGGCGUGUGCUUUAAAGUACUAUAGGGACACAUAGGCUAAAAUUAAGUAUUUGACAAAUGAGACCAUACGCAACAAGUCUAAUAGUUUCACAGUAGUUAUUUUUAAUGUCUAAAAAUGCUAUGAGGGCGGCAGGUGUCAGGCCAGAUGGAUGACAGUAGGUCCAAAAGACAGCAUUUUUUCACGACAAAUACUUAGUGAAUGAUAUGUUGUGGUGUUGAAAGACAACAGGAUGAGGAUUUUGUCUAAAAACACCACUCACACUUAUACAUGAACAAAAUAUAACAGGUAUCACUUUCCUCACAAGGGUCGCAAGAACUAACACAAACCAAAGGUUCCUCUCAGCAGCUAAAAAAAAAGUGAAAGGGUUGCCUGUUCAACCAGUCUGCCACCUGUUGCCAGAAUGAUGCAACAACAAGACAAUACCAAAGUACAUGCUUGAUGUCCUCCUCACUACCACACAAUCAUCAACUAUUUUCAUCAGUUAUUUUCUUUUUCUUUUCAUUUUUGAAAUCAUAUUUUUGCAUGAUUAAGGUAUCAUGGAUUUAAAAGAAAGUCUCUAUAGGCAUCUGAUAUGCCGUUCACAAUAUGAUAUGAACAUUUUUAUUUGAAGGUAUCGGACAGUAUUCUGGUUUGUUAUCAAUUUUUAUUUAUAUUUGUUCAUUGUCAUAGGCCUUAUUUUCAUAUGACCACCAGGGCUCUACCACCUAAAAAGUAGAUAAAUGACAGAAUACAGUUUAGUGGGAAACAGAGAAACCUUAAUAGUACAGCGUUGAGAGGUUGGUUAUUUAAAACAAAGAGGUAGCUUACUUUAAAUGAUGUCAAAGGCACUUUCUUUCUCAUUCCUCCAUGACAGCUCCCCUUCUUGUAAGGGUCUAUAAAGAAAUAAUAUUCUGUAUUUAAUUUUGAAGUAGCAUUUUACAAUGAGGAAAGAGCUCUCAGUUAUCUGUUCUUCAUGAAAAACAUUGUCAAAUUUAAGUUGUUGAUUUAUAUUCUAAAUAGUCUUUUUGUUCAUACAUAUAUCUUUACAUAAAAUAAUAAACUGAUCGAUACAGAUGUUUGGUUCAUGUUUUAUUCCAUCUAGAAUUAUUAUGAAGCAAACUUGUAAAACCCACUGUAUCAUUCUAAGACCUUUCUGGUCCACUGUCUACCUCUCUUCAUGCAGAAAAGCAGAGAUACAAGCGAAACAGGCAAAAGAGAUGGAGGAGAAGACAGAGCUGGAGCGAUUACGGACCCUUGGCUAUGACGAGACCAAGCUGGCCCCCUGGCAGCGACAGAUCAUUCUGAAGAAAGGGGAUAUAACCAAACAGUGA